AUGAAGCUUUUGGCGGUAGAAUUGCUGCUGUUGUGUGCGGUGUGCUUGAGUUUCGUCAGAGCGGUUCCGGUAUUGGUAGAGCAGCGACCGCAGCAGGUGUUGAUCCCGGUGAUGCAAGUGAAGGAACCGGCGGAAGUGGUGCGUGCUAAACGGCACGUUGGAUUUGGUGGAGUCGGUGUGGGGGUGGGACUGAUUGGAGGAGGCUUUGGAUAUGGUGGUGGAUAUGGUGGCGGAUAUGGAGGAGGUUACGGUGGCUACGGUGGACCGAUAGGGCCGUACGGAGCACCAUACGGAGGAUUUGGACCCUACGGAAGUUAUGGGUAUGGCCCAUAUGGACCAUUCGGAGGAGGCUUUGCGCCGUACGGUGGAGGCUAUGCCGGAGGUUACGAGUAUGGAUACGGUUCGGGAUAUGGAUUCUUUGGCUGA